GCUGCGGGUUCGUUGAGGCUCGCUAAUUUUAAACCGGGGGUGAGCGAGAAUCGCGGUGACCACAACUACUCUUUUCCCCUCCGUAUAAACCCUCGCCUCCCCCUCCCUCAUCGUCCCCUUCCUCGUCUCCUCCACCACCACCUCCUCCUCGUCGUCGUCUCGUCCGCGAUCUCGACCUCGACCUCGACCUCGAUCGAUUGAAGAUGAGGGAGAUCCUGCACAUCCAGGGGGGGCAAUGCGGGAACCAGAUCGGGGCCAAGUUCUGGGAGGUGAUCUGCGACGAGCACGGGAUCGACCACUCGGGCAAGUACAGCGGCGACUCCGAGCUCCAACUGGAGCGCAUCAACGUCUACUACAACGAGGCGAGCGGGGGCCGCUACGUCCCCCGCGCCGUGCUCAUGGAUCUCGAGCCCGGCACCAUGGACUCCGUGCGAUCCGGGCCCUUCGGCCAGAUCUUCCGCCCCGAUAACUUCGUUUUUGGGCAAUCCGGGGCCGGAAACAACUGGGCCAAGGGGCACUACACCGAGGGCGCCGAGCUCAUCGACGCCGUGCUCGACGUCGUCCGCAAGGAGGCCGAGAACUGCGACUGCUUGCAAGGAUUCCAAGUUUGCCAUUCUUUGGGAGGAGGCACGGGGUCGGGCAUGGGCACCCUUCUUAUUUCUAAGAUCAGAGAAGAGUACCCGGAUCGCAUGAUGUUGACCUUCUCUGUCUUCCCCUCACCCAAGGUCUCAGAUACAGUCGUGGAACCAUACAAUGCUACAUUAUCUGUUCAUCAGCUCGUUGAGAAUGCUGACGAGUGUAUGGUGCUCGACAAUGAAGCUUUGUACGAUAUAUGCUUCCGCACUCUCAAGCUUGCCACACCUACUUUCGGCGACCUUAACCACCUCAUCUCCGCCACGAUGAGCGGUGUCACGUGCUGCCUCCGCUUUCCCGGCCAGCUCAAUUCCGACCUCCGCAAGCUUGCUGUCAACCUCAUCCCUUUCCCGCGCCUCCACUUCUUCAUGGUCGGCUUCGCCCCCCUCACCUCCCGCGGGUCCCAGCAGUACCGUGCUCUCACCGUUCCCGAACUAACCCAACAGAUGUGGGACGCCAAGAACAUGAUGUGCGCUGCCGACCCCCGCCAUGGCCGCUAUCUCACAGCCUCCGCCAUGUUCCGUGGUAAGAUGAGCACCAAAGAAGUCGACGAGCAGAUGAUCAACAUCCAAAACAAGAACUCUUCAUACUUCGUGGAGUGGAUCCCGAACAAUGUUAAGUCCAGCGUGUGCGAUAUUCCGCCUAAGGGGCUGAAGAUGGCAUCGACGUUCGUCGGGAACUCAACUUCGAUCCAGGAGAUGUUCAGGAGGGUUAGCGAGCAGUUCACUGCAAUGUUCAGGAGGAAGGCUUUCUUGCAUUGGUAUACCGGGGAGGGGAUGGACGAGAUGGAGUUCACAGAGGCGGAGAGUAACAUGAACGAUUUGGUCGCGGAGUAUCAGCAGUACCAGGAUGCUACGGCGGAAGAGGAGUACGAGGAGGAAGAGGAAGAGGAAGAGGCUACUUAGAGGUGAUAAUAUAUCUUCAUUACAGCCUAUAUUGUUUUCUGUGCUACCAAGUUGGUUUUGAAGGGUCUGGAAAAUGGUGUAAUGUUGGAGUAUUGUAUGAUUGUAUGGCUCUGUAUGAUGUGAUGAGUAUGGUUUCCCAAACUAGUGCUUGUUUGUAUGGUUAUUGUAUUUGGCUUUUGGCUUAAAUUUCUUCUUGUGAGAUAAUGGUGGAUCUUAGGCUUCAUUCUGCUUCUUGUGACAGUAUAUCUAUAGUUGAAAUUGGUGCUGAUUCCACUGA